AUGGCCACCGACGUAUCAUCUCCAGUCUCUCAGUCGGUCUCGGAACUCAAUGCCUGCGUUUCCACUUCUACCAGUCAUCACCGCCCGGCGGUCAAAGAAACCACGUUCCGCGAAUGGAUGUUGCAUAACCAAAUCGGGAUUACCUUGACUACUCUUGCGAUGUUAUUGGCCGUCCAUCACCUCUACCCUUCCCUCAACCCCUACACCACGCCGUUCUUUCAGCUUUCCUACUACCAGCCUGCUUCCGGGGACUACGUACAAGGAUGGGAUGAUGUUUGUUUUGUCGCCAGCUCCGCACUUGUCUUCAUCGCUAUCCGGGCCAUUCUCAUUGACUGGGUUCUGAGGCCCAUUGCGCAGCAUUGGGGCCUGAAGCGGAAGGCGUCGCUUCGUCUGGCUGAACAGGGCUGGCUUUGUCUGUAUUAUGGCUUCAUCUGCUCCCUCGGAAUGUAUAUCUGGUCCAACUCUGACCAUUGGGGCGAUUUCAGCAAAAUCUGGGACCAAUGGCCUGCGCGCAAUGUUUCAGGUCUUAUGAAAUGGUAUCUCUUGGUACAAUUGGCGUUUUGGGCACAGCAGCUUUUGGUGAUCAAUAUUGAGGAGCGUAGAAAGGAUCACUACCAGAUGCUGACCCACCAUGUAAUCACCAUUGCCCUCUUUGGUUCGGCUUACGUCUACGGCUUCUACAAUGUCUCCAAUGUUGUGCUCUCGCUCAUGGACAUUGUCGAUCUCCUACUGCCUACGGCCAAGAUUCUCAAGUAUCUGAAGUACGAAACGAGCUGCAACAUUGCUUUUGUUGUGUUCAUGGUUACGUGGUUGAUCACUCGACAUGUUUACUACCCAAAACUCUGUUGGUCGAUUUACAAGGACGUCCCUGCCAAGAUGUCUUACGGAUGUUACUCAGGUACAACUGCGGAGAUGAUUUCUACCAAUGGCUACCCGAGCGCAUGGUCGUAUCUGGUCUCCCCCUUCAAGGAUCUGAACGGACCGAUUUGCAUGAACCGCACCGUCAAAUGGAUAUUUCUUUCCUGCCUUCUGGCACUGCAGCUGCUGUCGCUGAUCUGGUUCACCAUGGUAAUUCGCGUGGCCGUGGGCGUCAUCCGCACCGGUAAUGCUGAGGAACCUCGCAGCGAUGACGAAGGAGAGGAAGAGGAAGAGUACUUUGCUGAAAAGGAUAACCUCAAUGGAUCCACGCAUGCGAUCGACAACUCCAAUGUUGACUGGCGUCGAGCCAAUGGUUCCUCGGCUGUGCGGCCUCGGCGAGUUCGCCUUGGAGACCAAAGCGAUCGCAAGGCGCUUCUAGGUCGCAUUGGCUGCGACAAGCCCACGUAA